CGGACGCCGCUGUCCUGACGCCUUGCCUUUGCAUGCCGUACUGAGGCUGCUGGGGUUGUUCUUUCGAGGGGACGCGAGCGGUACCCCUUCAGAGGCCUGGGCUGUGGCAGCCUCUGUCACUCCUGUGCGGUCCCGGCGCUGCGCAGCGCGUUGGUGCCACCGUCAUGGAUCUAAAUUUAAACCGAGCGGAUUAUUUACAGGUGGGAGUGACCUCUCAGAAGACUAUGAAGCUACUUCCUGCCUCAAGACAUAGAACUACACAAAAGGUGGUUAUUGGAGAUCACGAUGGGGUAGUUAUGUGCUUUGGCAUGAAAAAAGGAGAAGCAGUGGCAGUGUUCAAGACUUUACCGGGGCAGAAGAUUGCAAGAUUGGAGCUAGGAGGGGUUCUUAACACACCCCAGGAGAAAAUUUUUAUUGCUGCAGGAUCUGAGAUUAGAGGCUUCACAAAGAGAGGAAAACAGUUCCUCUCUUUUGAAACCAACCUCACUGAAAGCAUUAAAGCUAUGCAUAUAUCUGGCUCAGACCUCUUUCUCAGUGCAAGUUACAUCUAUAACCAUUAUUGUGAUUGCAAAGACCAACAUUAUUACCUUUCUGGGGACAAAAUCAAUGACAUCAUCUGCCUUCCAGUGGAAAGAUUACCUCGUAUUACACCGGUAUUGGCCUGCCAGGACAGAGUGCUCAGAGUUUUACAGGGAUCUGAUGUGAUGUAUGAAACUGAAGUGCCUGGCCCACCUACUGUUUUAGCACUACACAACGGAAAUGGCGGUGACUCUGGAGAAGACCUUUGGUUUGGAACAUCAGAUGGAAAACUUGGGCUUAUUCAGAUCACUACCUCUAAACCAAUACACAAGUGGGAAAUUCGAAAUGAGAAAAAGCGGGGAGGGAUUUUGUGUGUUGACAGCUUUGACAUUGUGGGUGAUGGGGUUAAGGAUUUACUUGUUGGGAGAGAUGAUGGAAUGGUGGAAGUGUACAGUUUUGACAAUGCAAAUGAGCCUGUUCUACGAUUUGAUCAGAUGUUGUCUGAAAGUGUCACAUCUAUCCAGGGUGGUUGUAUAGGGAAAGAUGGCUAUGAUGAAAUUGUGGUAUCCACAUAUUCAGGCUGGGUUACAGGUCUGACAACAGAGCCUGUACAUAAGGAAAGUGGACCAGGAGAAGAACUGAAAAUUAAUCAGGAGAUGCAGAAUAAAAUUUCUUCUUUAAGGAGUGAGCUGGAACAUCUGCAGUAUAAGGUACUACAGGAAAGAGAGAAAUAUCAACAGUCUUCUCAAUCAAGCAAAGCAAAAUCAGCAGUACCUUCAUUUAGUGUAAAUGAUAAGUUCACAUUAAAUAAAGAUGAUGCCAGCUACAGUCUCAUCUUAGAGGUACAGACAGCGAUAGAUAACGUCUUAAUACAGAGUGAUGUUCCAAUAGACUUACUUGAUGUGGAUAAAAAUUCUGCUGUUGUCAGCUUUAGCAGCUGUGAUUCUGAGUCAAAUGACAACUUUCUUCUCGCUACUUAUCGGUGCCAGGCAAAUACUACAAGGCUGGAACUCAAGAUUCGUUCAAUUGAAGGCCAGUAUGGCACACUUCAAGCAUAUGUGACUCCAAGGAUUCAACCUAAAACCUGUCAGGUCCGCCAAUACCUUAUCAAACCCCUUUCACUCCAUCAAAGAACUCACUUUAUUGAUCAUGACAGACCCAUGAAUACACUGACUUUAACGGGCCAAUUCAGUUUUGCUGAAGUUCACUCCUGGGUGGUUUUUUGCCUGCCUGAAGUUCCUGAAAAACCUCCAGCAGGAGAAUGUGUGACAUUUUACUUUCAGAACACCUUCCUGGAUACACAACUUGAAAGUACCUACAGAAAAGGAGAAGGAGUUUUUAAAUCUGACAACAUUUCUACUAUAUCCAUCCUAAAAGAUGUGCUCUCUAAAGAAGCUACCAAAAGGAAGAUUAACCUCAACAUAUCAUAUGAGAUAAAUGAAGUAUCAGUCAAACACACUUUAAAGCUAAUCCACCCAAAGCUGGAGUACCAGUUGCUUUUGGCUAAGAAAGUGCAAUUAAUUGAUGCUUUAAAAGAGUUGCAGGUUCAUGAGGGAAAUACAAAUUUUCUGAUACCAGAAUAUCGCUGUAUUCUAGAAGAGGCAGAUCACCUACAGGAAGAAUACAAAAAGCAACCUGCACAUCUUGAAAGACUGUAUGGCAUGAUCACUGAUCUUUUCAUAGAUAAGUUCAAGUUCAAAGGCACCAAUGUAAAAACCAAAGUACCUCUUUUACUGGAGAUUCUGGACAGUUAUGACCAAAAUGCAUUGAUUGCUUUCUUUGAUGCUGCAUGAACUAUAAACAAGGUAAAGUUCCAAAGGAAUCUUUUUAAACGAAAUAUGUUAAAACAGAAUUAUGGCACAAGCUAACUGUACGUACUUUUAUUUCAAAUGCUUUUUAAUAACGUCUAAAAAUAUUUAAGAUGUGACUUCUUUUAGUAAUGCUUCUAUUUGGAGAAAUGGAGCUUUUUAAAAAUAGAGUUUUUAUUUU